UGUUGACCCAAUCCGUCCCUGCAGCUUGUUUUUGUUAAAAGCGUGCUAAAACUGAAAGUGAAAACGCUUCACAUUCGACCUGCAAGAAAAAAAAGCUUCGCUCAGAGAGAAAAUGGCUUCCUGUGCUGAAAGAGACCUGACCUGUCCCAUCUGCCACGACAUCUUCAGGGAUCCCGUUGUCCUGUCGUGCAGUCACAGCUUCUGCCAAGCAUGCGUUCACUCAUGGUGGAGGGAAAAGCUAAUAAAGGAGUGUCCCCUUUGUAAGGAGAUGCCUCUGACUAACCCCCCUGUGAGCCUAACGCUAAAGAAGCUAUGUGAAGCUAUUCAACAGGAGGAAAAACCAAAGCAUCUCUGCAGUCUGCACGCCGAGAAACUCAAACUGUUCUGCCUGGAUCACCAGCAGUCUGUCUGUGUGGUCUGUCGAGACUCAAAAGCACACAUCAACCACAGGUUCGUGCCCAUCAAUGAAGCUGCAGCAGAUCACAGAGAGAAGCUCCGGGAAUCCCUGAUUACCUUACAGCACACGCUAAAAACCUUGGAGCGAGCUAAAGGGAGAUGUGAUCAAAACGCCAAACACAUUAAGGUCCAAAACAGGAACACGGAGAAGCAGAUCAAGGAAGAGUUUAAGAAACUGCACCAGUUUCUGCAGGAGCAGGAGGAGGCCCGGAUCUCUGCUCUGAGGGAGGAGGAGAAGCAGAAAAGUAGAGCAACGAGGGACGAAUCUGAAGCUCUGAGCAGAAACAUCACCCUUAUUUCAAGAACAAUUAGACAAACAGAGAAGGAACUAAAAGCUGAAAAUGUCUCCUUCCUGCAGGCCUACAAAGACACUGUAAAAAGAAUAGAACAGUGCCACCUGCUGGACAGUCCUGAACCAUCACCUGGAGCCCUGAUAGAUGUGGCAAAACAUCUGGGCAACCUUAGCUUUAACAUCUGGAGCAACAUGAAGGAAGCUGUCUGCUUCUCCGCUGUGGUUCUGGAUCCUAACACGGCUCACCCUGAACUGACCCUGUCUGAAGAUCUGACCUGCGUGACCCAUGGAGAGAAACAGAAGCUUCCAGACAACCCAGAGCGGCUCGACCAGCGUCAUCUGGUUCUGGGCUCUGAGGGGUUUACAUCCGGGACCUACAGCUGGGAUGUUGAGGUUGGGGACAGACCCAGCUGGGAGCUGGGUCUAUCGGCAGAGUCUGUGGACAGGAAGGGCAGCGUCAGGUCUGGGUCAUGGGGAAUCAGGUUCGAUGGAAGCUAUAAAGCCACGGCCCCUCCAGGUCAAAGUUCUCUCAACAUCGGGAAACCGAGCAGGAUCCGAAUCCAGCUGGACUGGGACAGGGGAAAGCUCUCAUUCUCUGACCCUGAAAGCGGUUCCCACAUCCACACAUUCAGCCACAGCUUUAAUGAGAAACUCUUUCCAUACUUUAGCGUUGAGAAGGGGCAACAGCUGAAACUAUUAGCUAAGAAAAUCUCUGCAGCUGUUGAUUAAUGGCUCUCUCUGCUUUUUCUCAUAGUAGCUUCAUCUGGUCUGUUCCUGUUUGGCUGUGACUCCAUCCUGGAGAGAAAUAUCAGCUGUGCUG